AUGGCAGCGUGCAUGCUCUUCACCUCCAUCACGACGUUGGUGUCGUGCGUGUUCUACAUCGUGGGCACCUACACAGCGAACCAGCACCACUCCAUCGUGAUCGCGGGUGAGGCUGUCUUCGCCCUCGUCUUUUUCAUGGACUACGUCCUGUCGGUCACCGCCGAAGCGGUGUGGUUAACAUACGUCCUGAGCUUCGAGGGCAUCGUGGACCUCUGCAGCAUCUUUCCUGUCUUCGGCGCCUUCUACAGGUGGCUCUACAGCCUUUCUUUUGUCAGAUACUUGCGACUUGGGAAGGUAACCCGCGUGAUUCGGAACCACCGGAUGCUCGAGAAGAUUGGUACUUUCACGGAUGUGACCGUGAACGCGUGCCUGCUGGGGCUCAAGAUCUUGGGCCUGAUCCUGAUGACGACGGCCAUCAUCUACGGGACGGAGCAAGCCUUCAAGGACGAGACGGACGGUAAAGCCUUCGACGACAGUGGCACCAUCGAAGAUAGCGGCACCAUGCAGUGGCACGACUGCUUGUACUUCACCAUCGUGACGCUGUCUACGGUGGGGUACGGGGACGUGUUACCCGUGACGGCCAUCAGCAGGAUGCUCAUGAUCGUGGUGAUUGUGGUCGCCCUGACGUACGUCCCGCUCGAGGUCGGGAACCUGAUCGACAUCAUCGGCAGCCGGCCCAAGAACAGGGUGGGAUACUCGAGGCACCUGGUCGGCAACAAGCUCCACGUGGUGCUCGCCAUGGUUCCCGGGAAGGACGACGGCGAGGGCGAGGCGGGUUUCAACGCGGCGUCUCUUCGGAGAAUCAUCGAAGAGCUCUUCCACGAGGAUCAUGGCGUGGACAAUGAGUCUCUCUGGGUCGUGAUCAUGAGCCCCUCCCCGCCCUCCCCCGAGGUCCUGAGCGUCAUACGGAGCCCCCUGUUCAUGUCGAGGGUCAUAUACUUCCGGGGGAGCGUCAUGGACCCUUUGGACAUGAACGCCGUGUGUGCGGAGUAA